UGGCGACUAAUCAAUUGUCAUUGUUUGCCGAAAGAAUCUCGCAUUGUUAAAAGGGACAAUUACACCAUAUUUUCUUUUAUAUUUUGUUUAACAAAUCGAACCAAUAUUGCCGAGACAGGUAUUAAUUUGAUGUGUAAAAAAUUACUUGACCAUCCAUCAUAAUGGAUAUGCCGCAAGCAACGCCUGUUUCGGCCGAAGUGAUGGUGUGUCAGGCAUUACGAGCAGCCACAAAUGGUAAUCAUGAGAUCGUUCGCAAGGCUGAGGCACAGCUAUUGGAAUGGGAGACACAACCGGGGUUUUUUCCCACAUUGACACGAAUAAGUCUUGCGGUAGUUGGAGGGUUGGACCCGAGCAUUGUGCAGCAGCUGGAUGUUAAUGUCCGAUGGAUGGCUGUGGUUUACUUGAAGAAUGGUAUUAACAAGUAUUGGCGUAAGGGGGCGAGGCAAGAAUUGUCGCCGGAGGAGAAACAGCAAAUUCGUGAUUUGCUGCUAAUGCAGUUUGCUAAUGAGCCAAUUCCUCAGGUCUCGCUUCAAAUUGCCGUUCUCAUGGCCCGCAUAGCACGCAUAGAUUGCCCCCACGAUUGGCCCCAAUUGGUGCCGGAACUAUUGAAGCGCCUUCAGACGUUUUCCACAAACGCUCGCUGUGAAUCGCUAGAGAGUGGCGAACAACAAAGAGUGCUUCUCACCCUCCAUCACGUAAUUAAGGCUUUAGCAUCUCGAAGGCUAUGGGCUGAAAAGCGUGUCUUUGAAGAACUAACAAAUAAUAUCUACGAUUUUAUAUACCAACUUUGGGACACCUACUGUACUCUGUUCUUCCAUCAGCUAAAAGAAGCUCAGCAACUGGCGAAACCUACUUUGGAGAUAUCGGUACUGUGUACGAGAAUUCUAAGAAAGCUCACCAUUUAUGGCUACAUGAAAAUACAAAGCACUCCUGGUUGUCUUCGCUUCGUGGAAAAACUCUUCGAGAGACUUAAGCAAUGUUUGAUUGUACGUUAUGAGCUGCGCCAACUGAAUGCUGAUGAACAGCUUGUCGGGUUGUUGGAAAAACUGAUACUGAAACAAAUGAAAACUUUACUGGAAUUCACAGAAAGCCAUGCUGUUGCGUUCAAGAAUUUCGUGCCAAUGGCUCUACAGUUCACAUUUGACCAUGUCUUCCAUGUCAGUGCAUACCUGAUAUUUACGGAUAAUGUCAUUAAUUUCCGCCAAUUUGCCAUCCAUUGCAUAAAUUUAAUGAAGGGCCUUAUGUCACCUUUCUAUUGGCAAAAAAUUGACAACUACUUGGACAAUGACAACAGCCAGGACUUGGAGAUUCGCUCGUCGCUGGAGACGUUUUUCACCGAGGAGCGCCUAAGCUAUAUGUGCGAAAAAAUCAUUACCCACUAUUUCAUUCUUACUCAAAUUGAAUUAGACUUGUGGCUGGAGGACCCAGAGGAGUUUGCCCAAGACGACAGUGGCGGUGAUACGUGGAAAUAUGCCUUGAGGCCUUGUAUUGAGACGCUAUUUAUGGUGUGCGUCACCAAUUACACAGACCAAAUGUCGGCGGAGGUUGUUAAAUACGUACAGAAGGCCCAGCAGAUUCAGCUUACAGCCAAUUCGGAUCUUAAAGACAUUCUACUCAAAGAUGCUAUUUACAAUGCCGCUGGUCAGGCUUCAUUGCAUCUGUUCAACGAACUGGACUUCGACGCCUGGUUUAGUGGACAACUGUUGAACGAGUUAAAAAUUGAUUCUAUAAAUUUCCGCAUAUUAAAACGACGAAUUAUUUGCUUGCUCGGCGAAUGGGCAGGAGUAAAUUUUUCACGUGAUCUAAGGCCAUUAGCCUAUGAGGCUUGUUUACAUCUGCUGCGACCCGCCGAAGAUAUGUCCAUUCGUUUAGCUUCUUCCAGCACGCUCUCGAUAUUGAUAUCUGAUUUCGAUUUUGCUCCAGAAGCAUUUCUACCGUACUUAGAGCCGUCAUUCAAUGCGCUCUUCGUAUUGCUGCGCGAAGCCAAAGAGUGUGAUACAAAAAUGAAAGUGCUAGCCAUUAUGUCAUCACUCGUGGAGAAGAUGAGCGAUAACAUAGAGCCAUAUGCGGACAGUCUAAUAUCCUAUUUGCCGCUACUGUGGAAGGAAAGUGAGGAUUAUAGCAUGUUGCGCUGUGCUAUUAUUUGUACACUUCAACAAGUGGUCAAAGCGAUACGAGACAUCCCAGAGAAGAUGUUACCAUUUCUCUACAGCGUUAUAGCUUUAAGUACUGAUUUACAGGAACCUUCGCAUAUUUACCUUAUCGAGGAAGGUUUAUCCCUUUGGGUUGCAGUUGUGGAGAAUUCAACUAGCAUGUCGGCGCCACUUAUCGAUUUAUGCCGCAAUAUUUUGCCAAUUAUCGAAAUGUCAUCGGAGAAUCUACGCACUGUGCUCGUGCUAAUCCAAGCCUAUAUAUUGCUGGAUGCCAAUGCCUAUCUAGAGCGUUAUGGACGCCCUUUUGUCGACUUCUGUAAUCGCAUGUUUGACGACAUUCGACCUGAGGGCAUAAUUCUUAUGGUCAAAGUUCUCGAAAUCUGUCUUAAGACCGAUACUACAAAUGGACUUGAGUUGGUCAGGCCGGUGCUACCGUAUAUUUUCAAACAGGUUUACGCCAACAAGGAUUUUCCUAUGCUCAUGGGAAUGUAUCUAACCAUGGUAGCAAGGGUUCUACUCAUAAGUCAACAAGUGUUCAUGGAAGUCAUACAGGAACUACAACAACCGAAUGCCUUGGAAACAAUUCUAGAUGUGUGGAUCACUAAAAUGCCUUUGGUCACCGAGUUGGAGAAAAUCAAAUUAUUCUCCUUAGCCUUCCUAUCGAUAUUUUCUAAUAAUCCAAUUCUUUUGGAUCGUUUUCCCGCCAUUAUGCAAAACAUCAGCGAUGCUCUUUUCGAAGUAAUGCGCGAAGAUGACGACGGUCAGAAUCAGCACUCCGAUGAUCCCAAUGCUGCGAUCGAAAACAAGCCCAUUAAAUAUUGCGAUUCCUUGGUAUUUGCCGAUGAAUAUGAUCUGGAUACAAGUAGCUAUUGUACCAUGGACGAUUUUGACUACAAAACCUAUCACUAUGACCGAUGUCGACAGCUGUCGCUGAAGGAUCCAGUACACAAGAUUGCAUUGCCGCAGUACAUCGAAUGGCAGUUGGGUAAUCUGCGCACUCAAUUAGGCGACGAUGCCUAUCAGCAACUAAUGCGCUCUCUUUACCCAGCCGUCUUGGAAAGAUUUGCCCAAUUUGUUAACUUGCAAAUAACUUUCCCCACAAACUAGCACUGAUCAGUUGUAUGUCCUGCAACACAAGUACGGCGUACAACAACAAUUAAAAACUAAAGGAAUCUAUUAAGUUUCUAUUGUAGGGAUAUUAAUGAGUUGUCACCGAUAGUCAGAUAGUCAGUCAUUGGCAAGUUGAUAACAACAACAUCUGUUGGUUAAUGCAUAAGUUACUAUUCUAAUCAGUUUUUGAUACCAAUGUAAAUUAUUAAAUAUCAUUUUUUUUUUUAUUUUUAUUUUUAUGCUAUUUUUACUAUUAUAUACUGUAUGUAUGUAUGUAUUAACAAGUUUUGUUUAACUUUUUUAAGAAUGCGAAGAGAAACUCCCUUACGUACUAAACGCGCUUGUCCCUAUGAAACAAAAAAUUGAUUUUUUAAAAUUGUUUUGUUAUAAUAAUAAAAAAAAAAAAAACAAUAAAACCAUUAUUGAAGAAUUCAGUCAA